UCCUUCUCGCUGUCCCUGGAGCUGCUGUCCUAUCAGACACUCCCGGCCGACCAGAUGCUGCCCGGGGUGGACAUCGUGCGGAGUGCCCGCGGAGAGCGCGAGAUGGUGUUCACGCAGAGCCUGCGCCUGGACUACGGCACGCAGAGCGCCCAGGAGGUGCCCCUGCGGGCCGUGGUGGCCGUGCCCGAGCUCCAGCUCUCCAGCAGCUGGGUGGACUUCGGCACGUGCCUUGUGAAGCAGCGGCAGGCGCGCGAGGUCUGCCUGAUGAACCUGAGCGGCUGCCAGAGCUACUGGGCCGUGCUGAUGGGGCAGCAGGAGGCAGCCAAGGACGCAGGAGCCUUCGAGGUGUCCCCGAGCACCGGCGUGCUGGAGGCGCGGCCCCACAACGGGCCCCCGACCUCCGUCAGCCUGCAGCUCCUCUUCACCGCCAGGAGCUGCGAGCUGUACCAGUGCACGCUGGUGGUGGACGGCGUGCUCGGGGAGAAGGCCUGCGCCCUGCGGCUCCAGGGCCUCGGCUCUCACGACGAGAGAUAUGCGUCCUCGCUGCAGCCCUGAGGCUCGGCCCGGCCCUCGGCCCAGGCCCGGUUUGCCCCAGCUCUGCCGGGCACGGACCACGCUGGGCCCCGGGAGCC